CACACAACUUCACUUCUGUCCUCUGAAAUUUGUACUUGUAUCCAUCAUUUUUCCAGCAAUGGGUUUGGCGAUAUCUCGGUUUGUGAAGAUGCUCUUUGCAAAGAAAGAAAUGAGGAUUUUGAUGGUUGGUCUUGAUGCUGCUGGGAAAACAACUAUUCUGUACAAGCUUAAACUUGGAGAGAUUGUUACUACCAUUCCUACAAUUGGCUUCAACGUGGAGACUGUGGAAUACAAAAAUGUGAGCUUUACAGUUUGGGAUGUAGGAGGCCAAGACAAGAUCCGGCCUUUAUGGAGGCACUACUUUCAGAACACCCAAGGCCUUAUCUUUGUGGUGGACAGUAAUGACAGAGAAAGAAUUUCGGAAGCCAGAGAUGAGCUUCACCGGAUGCUGAAUGAGGAUGAAUUACGCGAUGCAACUCUUCUCGUGUUUGCAAAUAAACAAGACCUUCCAAAUGCUAUGAAUGUUUCCGAGAUCACUGAUAAACUUGGCCUGCACUCACUGCGUCAACGUCGAUGGUACAUCCAGAGCACUUGUGCCCCUUCUGGCCAAGGACUCUAUGAAGGUCUUGAUUGGCUAUCAAGCAAUAUUUCCAGCAAGGCAUGAUCAUCCAGCCUCCUCUAUAUCUCUGUCUUUUAUCCCGGAAACUACUAUUCAGACUAAUAUCCUCAUUUCUGUUUACUUGCAGAGAUAAUUAAACUGCCUUCAAUUCUCUGGGUCCUACUGUCGAACCUAUAUUUGUGUUGCCCUGAAGUAUUAUUAAGUACACUUUGUAUAAGUAAUAGCUUUAAAAUCUCCGGUUUAAUUAAUACCUUCUAUGGCAUAUUUUUGAACUCUUUUCUGUUUCAAUCUCAAUGUAUUGAAAUCUUUAGUAGGACAGACUAUUAACUUGACCUCAGUUUCAGCUUUUGAGCCCAAUACUUAUUUAUGAUUGCAACUCAAAGUGCAGCACAAGCAGUGUAAAAAGUUUUUAAGCC